AUGGCCCCGCAGCAAACAGGUAGCAGGAAGCGGAAAGCGCCCGCGAUCGAGGCGGGAGCCGCGAGCUCGUCGUCUCAGGGCUCUGUGGCGGCAGACGUAGACGGGCCGCUGCCGCCCAAGAAGCAGAAGCGGCCGGCGACGCGGCGCUCGCUGGUACACUACCUGAAGGACCGCGAGGUGGGCGCGCGGGGCGGCACCUGGCUGUCUGGCUCCAAGGGCGAACUGCGGGGCUACGCGGUGCAGAAGCUGCCCGAACUGUUGCGGGAGCGCGAGCUGGCCCUGGGCACCCUCAACAAGGUGUUCGCGUCGCAGUGGCUGAAUGCCAGGCAGGUAGUGUGCGGCACCAAGUGUAACACCCUCUUCGUGGUGGACGUGCACUCGGGGCAGAUCACGCGCAUCCCUCUGAUGCGGGACCGCGGGUCCUGGUUGGGCCGGGCCCAGCCAAGCUGCGGCAUCCACGCCAUCGAGCUGAGUCCCUCCAAGACGCUACUGGCCACCGGAGGAGAGAACCCCAACAGCCUGGCCGUCUACCAGCUGCCCACCCUAGACCCCGUGUGCCUCGGCGACCGCCACGGCCAUAAGGACUGGAUCUUUACCAUCGCCUGGAUGAGCGAUACAGUGGUUGUGAGCGGCUCCCGCGAUGGCACUGUGGCUCUGUGGCAGAUGGACCCCGACAUGUUCAGUGGCAGCAUGGCCUGGCACAAUGAUGCGGGGCUUCCUGUGUACACCCACAUCCGUCCCAGGGACAUGGAGACCAUCCCCAGGUCCAGCACCAGCCCCAGUAACCGCAAGGUGCGGGCCUUGGCCUUCAGCGGCAAGAACCAGGAGCUCGGAGCUGUGUCACUGGACGGCUACUUCCACCUGUGGAAAGCCCGGAGCACUCUGUCCAGGCUGCUGUCCAUCAGGCUGCCCUAUUGCCGAGAGAAUGUGUGCCUGACCUACUGCGAAGAGUUCUCCCUGUACGCGGUGGGCUCCCAGUCCCAUGUCUCCUUCCUAGAUCCACGACAAAGCCAACAAAAAAUCCGGCCACUGUGCUCCAGAGAGGGCGGCAAAGGCGUGCGCUCGCUGAGUUUCUACCAGUACAUCAUCACCGUGGGCACGGGCCAUGGCUCCCUGCUCUUCUAUGACAUCCGUGCCCAGAAGUUCCUGGAGGAGAGGGCCUCAGCAAGCACGGACUCCUGUCCUGGGCCCUCAGGAAGAAAGCUAAAGCUCACCUGUGGCAGAGGCUGGCUCAAUCACAAUGACUUGUGGGUGAACUACUUCGAUCAUAUCGACGAUUUCCCCAACGCGCUCUACACUCACUGCUACAACUGGCCUGAGAUGAAACUCUUCGUGGCUGGAGGGCCUCUCCCUUCAGGCCUCCACGGGAACUACGCAGGCCUCUGGAGCUAAGGAUGGCCUAUGUGUUCUCAAAGUGCUCAGGUUACCUUCCAGUCCCCUCUCACUCUCUUCUUCAGGCUGUUUUGUGUUUUUUACUUCAGUGUGGCAUUUGUCUUCCAGAUUGAAAGUGCCUAAUUUACAUGUCCUUAGUGUAUGAGAGAGAGAGAGUGGGGUGUCCUUCAGGCAAUCAAAACUUGGCUUUAAUACCUUUUAACACCUUUGCAAACCAUCUUUUUGAAUUCACACUGCAAAGAGUUUUGGCUCUUAGUUGCCUCCUUUGAGUUACAUAUUGUCUCUUUUUAAUGUUUUGCAGUCAUGGUUUUAGAAUUUUGUGUAUUUUCCUUUUUGUUUUUCAUGGUCAGUAUUGCAAUUAUACUGUGUUUAGUUAUUUUUCAUUGCAGAUAGAUGGUAUAUUAAGAACAUGCUUAAAAACAGGGUGUCUGAUCUGUUCUGGAAAGUUACCCAUAGUUUUAUAAAGCAUUGUUGCACUUGGAAAAUAUGUUCCAAAUUCUACAUUACCGACUUUAGAAAUAUUCCAUUUGCAAAUUGUAAUCUUCGGUGUUUAUAGUUUCUAAGUUGUUGGUGCUAAACAUGCUUUUUAAAAAGUUUUUCUCCUUGAAAAAAAGUUUUCACAGAAUCUUGUGUUUUUACCAAAAUCUCAGUUUGUCAUAAUUCUUUAGGAAUGCAAGGGAUGAAGCUCUUUGUGGCUGGAGGGCCUCUCCCUUCAGGCCUCCACGGGAACUACGCAGGCCUCUGGAGCUAAGGAUGGCCUAUGUGUUCUCAAAGUGCUCAGGUUACCUUCCAGUCCCCUCUCACUCUCUUCUUCAGGCUGUUUUGUGUUUUUUACUUCAGUGUGGCAUUUGUCUUCCAGAUUGAAAGUGCCUAAUUUACAUGUCCUUAGUGUAUGAGAGAGAGAGAGUGGGGUGUCCUUCAGGCAAUCAAAACUUGGCUUUAAUACCUUUUAACACCUUUGCAAACCAUCUUUUUGAAUUCACACUGCAAAGAGUUUUGGCUCUUAGUUGCCUCCUUUGAGUUACAUAUUGUCUCUUUUUAAUGUUUUGCAGUCAUGGUUUUAGAAUUUUGUGUAUUUUCCUUUUUGUUUUUCAUGGUCAGUAUUGCAAUUAUACUGUGUUUAGUUAUUUUUCAUUGCAGAUAGAUGGUAUAUUAAGAACAUGCUUAAAAACAGGGUGUCUGAUCUGUUCUGGAAAGUUACCCAUAGUUUUAUAAAGCAUUGUUGCACUUGGAAAAUAUGUUCCAAAUUCUACAUUACCGACUUUAGAAAUAUUCCAUUUGCAAAUUGUAAUCUUCGGUGUUUAUAGUUUCUAAGUUGUUGGUGCUAAACAUGCUUUUUAAAAAGUUUUUCUCCUUGAAAAAAAGUUUUCACAGAAUCUUGUGUUUUUACCAAAAUCUCAGUUUGUCAUAAUUCCUUAGGAAUGCAAGGAUUUUAUUGGUUGAAUGUUCAGAAUUAAUCUGAGAACCCAAAUGAUCUUUUUUCUUCUUCAAUCCUUACUUAAGUUUUAAUGACCUGUUGUUAAAUAAACAAAUGUGUAUUUUUUCACUUCUUGCCUUAGUACUAUAAGAAUUUGUGAAUUUAUUUGAAUGUUGUUUAAAGAACUUGCACAGAAUUUUAGUGCCACUAUUCAAAGCAGGGAUUCUAAGUAUAAAAAUAUAGAAUGUAUGGCAGGUUGGGGAGAGUGUAUACUAAUCCAAGAUAAAGACUGGAUAUUUUUGCUGUUGCUGUUUUUAAUACUAAAUAUUCUAUUUCAUCAUACUUUAGAAUUAGAAAAUUCUGAAUAGUUAACACAGGAAAAGCUGUAAAGGACAAAAAAUGACCCCAGUCCCUACUUCUUCUGAAAAAGAUGCUUAAUUUUAAAGUCCAAAUUAGUAAGAUUUUAUUUUAUGAAUUUCAAAGAUUCUUACCUAAAGUAGAAUAAAUAUAUUACUAAAAAGUAAUGAUGUCAUAGCUCAUUGUAAUAAUACACUAUUACCAAGGACACAGGACGUUUGUUUCAAGAAAAUGGUCUGGAGAUUAAAAUAAAUACGAUUUGGUUGAAGAAAAGUACUUUGGGGCUCAGAUAAAUACAAAUGAUACAAUGUUAAGAAAAUAGUUUUCAUUUCUCCAUAUAUGAGAAUAUUGGAAGUGGAAAGGGAGAUUGGCCCUUUCUCAAAACUGGCCAGGUCGCGCUGACCAUGGGUUAGUAUUGUGGUGUGUCUGUUUUUUUCUAAAAUGUUUUGGCACUCAGAUGCUGCCUUGGUGCCCGUUCACUACAUGCUGUUCAGUUGCAAAUCUGAACCAAGUAAUAUAGUGAACAGUACUAAAAAUGAAUUAAGAAAUACAGAAAAAAAUGCGAUUUUAUUUACAGAGAUUGUCUUAACAGGUUUAUAUAAUUGUUGUUAUAUAGCAAUAAAUUGUAUUUGUGUACACGUAUGUGUCUCUAACUCAGUCGUAACUGUUUUGAGAGCAGAGAAUCUAAUUGUCAUCUUUAUAUUCUCUCAUUUCUCCAGUAAUGUGUAGCAAAUCAUAGGCAAUUAGUAAAUAUUUACUAAAUGAACAUAUUUGCCUCUGGAGACUUAAAGUUCAAGGCUGUGAAAAAUAAAUGCACAAACAAAUAAAUAAAAGUUUAUUCUUAAA